GCGGCCCAGGACAACAUGCCACAGACGCCUCCCUUUGCAGCUAUGUUCGACAGCAAUGGUUACAACCGAAACCUGUAUCAGUCAAAAGAGGACAGCUGUGGAGGACUCUACUACCAUGACAACAACCUGCUGUCGGGAUCCUUGGAAGCCCUCAUCCAGCACUUAGUGCCCACAAUUGAUUACUACCCUGAUAGAACAUACAUAUUCACCUUCCUGCUCAGCUCUCGCCUCUUCGUGCACCCUUACGAGUUAAUGGCAAAGGUUUGCCACCUGUGUACUGAUCCACAAAGGCUGGAGGAGCCUGUGGCUGAUAAAGAGAGACGGGCCAGUAGCACAAGCCGGCCCAGCCCACCUUGGCCCCGAACUCCAGACGCAUUGAAGCUGGCUGCUCUUAGCCAAUUGCGGAAAAUCGCCCCCAAGAUCCUUCAGUUGUUGACGGAGUGGACAGAGACGUUUCCGUACGAUUUUCGAGACGAGCGAAUGAUGAGGAAUUUAAAGGAUCUGGCCCAUCGCAUAGCCAGCGGGGACGAGAUGUACCGGAAAAAUGUGCAGCAACUCAUCCAGAGUCUCAUUCGUAAGCUGGCUUCUCUUAGCCAGUACGAGGAGGUGCUUGCAAAAAUCAACGCAACCUCAACGGACAGACUGACAGUCCUGAAGAACAAACCUCAAGCCAUCCAGCGCGACAUCAUCUCCGUCUGCAGUGACCCCUACAUGUUAGCUCAGCAGUUGACUCAUAUAGAGCUAGAGAGGCUCAAUUAUAUUGGACCACAAGAAUUUGUCCAAGCAUUUGUCCAAAAGGAUCCACUGGAUAACGACAAGACCUGCUUUGGUGAUCGUAAGAAGACCCGGAACCUGCAAGCAUAUGUGGAAUGGUUCAACAGGCUCAGCUAUUUGGUUGCCACAGAAAUAUGCAUGCCUGUGAAGAAAAAACACAGAGUGAGAAUGAUAGAGUAUUUCAUUGAUGUGGCCCGGGAAUGCUUUAACAUUGGAAACUUCAACUCUUUAAUGGCCAUCAUUUCUGGAAUGAAUAUGAGCCCCGUCUCUAGGCUAAAGAAAACAUGGUCAAAAGUCAAGACAGCCAAGUUUGACAUUCUUGAGCAUCAAAUGGACCCUUCCAGCAAUUUCUACAAUUACCGCACAGCCCUGCGUGGAGCCACUCAGAGGUCUCUGACAGCUCACAGCAAUCGGGAGAAGAUUGUGAUCCCUUUCUUCAGCCUGCUCAUCAAGGACAUUUACUUCCUCAACGAAGGCUGUGCCAACCGGCUGCCCAACGGCCACGUCAAUUUUGAAAAAUUUUGGGAACUGGCUAAACAAGUGAGUGAAUUCAUGACAUGGAAACAAGUGGAAUGCCCUUUUGAGAGGGACCGGAAAAUCCUUCAGUACUUGGUCACCGUCCCUGUCUUCAGUGAGGAUGCACUUUAUCUGGCUUCUUAUGAGAGCGAAGGACCCGAAAACCACAUUGAAAAGGACAGAUGGAAGACGCUCAGGUCAACGCUUCUGGGAAGGGUUUAAUAUGUGACUGCAACCCACCUGCUGCUGCUGUGUUAACAUGGAUUCUUAUCAUCGAAAGCCUUUAUUGAGGCCAUUUAUUUAUUUUCCCUCCUUCCCCCCCCCCUUUAAAUCAAGUGACAUUUUAAGUUAUGAGAACUACGCAGCUGCUUAAGACAUGUCAAAACUUUAUACUAAGGAAUGGCGGCAAGUUAACUCUACUCAAGACAAAACACACCGACUUCUGAAACCUGAUGGAUCAUCAGAUUAAAUUGCAAGUUUGUUAUGUGUGAUUGAUCAAAGGCAGUAAUGAGGAAACCUUUCUGAAGAUCUGAGUCUUCUUUGCGUUGUUUCAAAACACCUGGACGGGAUUUCCUCCACCAUCACCUCCACUUUUACUUUAGACCUGCCGUUCCUUUGAUGUGUUGCAACUUGCUGCUACUUGUGCACUUGAGCGCCGGAUUCUAAAGCAAACUUCCACUUCAACCAUCAGAAUUCCAACUUUGACUGUUUCACAUGUCAGGCGAGGAAAGGAGA